CGCUGAAAGCCUUUCUAGUUCUUGUUUGUAAAUUUAAGCUCAAGGUUCAGCUUCUCUUGCUAUAGUAAUUACUUGUCGUUGGUUGAUGAUUGGGAGAGAAUCACUUUUACAUUUUAUAAUUCUUCUUGCUUGCUCGUUAGCGCAACCAAGUGAGGAACGUGGAGGGUGCUUUUCUCUUUUAAGUGGUAUGGUGGAUGAUAUUAAUGCAGAUAUCCAGAAGAUAACUGGUUUCAACAAUUUGAAAGUUUUGCCUCGCAUCAAAAACAUUUUACAGAAGGAUUUCUUCCACUACUUUGAGGUUAAUUUGGAGCGUGGUUGCCCUUUUUUUGACGAUGAUAAACGAUGCCCAUCAUCAGAUUGUCGGGUUAAGGAUUGUCCAGCUGAAGAAAUACCUUUGGGGCUACGUGAAGAUUCGUUGGAGUCGUCACCUCACCAUAAAUAUUCAAAAGAGGCCAACAUGUAUCCAGAAGAAGGAAUCGACUGUGGGUUAGGGAAGUUAGAUAGUUCCUUAAGUGAAGAACGUAAAACCAUAAUUGCCAAUUGGACUCGCCAUGAUGAUGAAGAUGAGUUGACGUUCUGUGAACCUGAUGACGAUAGCUCUGGCAAAAUGAUUUACGUGGAUUUACUCAAGAAUCCUGAACGUUAUACUGGUUACAAAGGACCUGCCUCAAAUAGAAUAUGGUAUAUGGUCUACAAUGAAAACUGUUUCAAUGAAGAUUCAAUUACUUAUGGGACAAGUUACCUAGGUCCAAGUCAAUCUUCAUGCCUUGAAAAGCGUGCAUUUUAUCGAAUGGUGUCUGGGCUGCAUAGUAGUAUCAGUGUUCAUUUAUCUUAUCGAUAUCCGUUAAGUCUUUUUUCACGACAUCAACCAAUAUCUCGUGAUUAUGAUAGUAAUAAUCCAGGUUGGGGUCCAAAUUUGGAGGAAUUUCGUCGUCGUUUUGAUCCAUCUAUUGUGCCAGAUGGUUUAACUCGAUUGCGUAAUCUUUAUUUCACUUAUCUGGUGGAAUUACGUGCUUUAGCUAAAGCUGCACCUUAUUUGAUGAAACAAACUUAUUUCACAGGAGAUGAGAAAAUGGAUAAGGAAACUAGAUCUGUUGUUACAGAUUUUCUACAAAUAAUUCAAAAUGAAGGGAGUAUUUUUAAUGAACAUCUUUUAUUCGCUGGAGAUAUUAAUGAAGCUAAUGUGUUAAAAAAGCAAUUUCGUGAACAUUUUCGCAAUAUUUCACGUAUAAUGGAUUGUAUUGGUUGUGAGAAAUGUAGAUUAUGGGGAAAAUUACAAGUGAGUUACGUCACAUUGAUUUUCUCCAAAAAAGACAUUCGAUAUAUGUUAUAUUUUUUUCUACGUUUCUUUAAUUUGAAUUUAAUACACGGCGAUAAUUGAAGAACACAAAUUAGCAAUCAUUCAGAAAAAAGUGUACUAAAAUUUUAUUUGUUCAUUGAGACAUUUCAAGUAGUUGAGUGCACGUUCACACUAAUCUAAUUAUAAAUCACACACACAUGAAUUAUUAGUCAAUGGUAGCUCUGAUCAAGUUAUGCAGUUUAAUUACCAAGUCGAAUCAUCCAAUAUAAUAAAUUACUUUGGUUAAGUAUUGAUUGAUCAUGUUCACUGAAACUAACUGUUGGAGUGGAUCAGGAGUUUAUAAAAUGUCUAUCCUUCUGCAAAAGAUAAACACAAGGUAUGGGUACUGCUUUGAAAAUUUUGUUUUCUGAUACUGUUCGUAAAGAGAAUCCUUUAGAUCAAUCAUCUACUGCCGAACCUAAUUUCCAACUGCGAAGAACUGAGAUAAUUUCCUUAUUUAAUGCAUUUGGUCGUCUAUCUACAAGUAUCGGUGCAUUAGAUGAUUUUUGUGAAAUGAUUCAUGAGUCGCAAAAACAGAAACGGCAUACCGCAUCAGGAUAAAUUGAUGACACAGUAUGUUCGCGAUUUUCAACUUACCUUCAUUCUUUACUGCUGUACUAUCGCUGUUGCUGUCAAAGCUACAAAUAUCAUCAUAUAUGCACUAUUGUUUAUCAUUCGUGGUCUUUCAAAUUCGCAUUAUUACAGUCUGUUAGCACUGCCAUAGAAAACUGAUACAUAACCGUUACGUUAUGUAUGCACAUGUUGUAAGCAAAUUUUGUCGUCAUAACCUACACUGUUGUGUUAUUGUAAAUUAUUGUAUACAUUUAUGUUGUUUUCAAUGUGCAUCGAUGUGGUCUCUUCCUGCUAGUUAUUUUAUCUUCUAUUAUAUCGUAAACAAACCUAAAGAAUGGUUUAAGUAUACGUUAAUGGGUUUCUUUACUCAUCGAAAAGCUACCUACUAAUUACUCUUUUCCUAUGAUUUUGACUGAAAAUAAGUUGGACAAAUCUUAAUGGUAGUGUUCUUGUCAAUUUAUUAUUAACCGUUCCCGCUUAGCUCGAAUAUUCACCCCUUGUUUUUCUUGUUUGUUUUUCAUCAUUAUAUUGUUUUAUCUUUUUUGUUCAGCCUUUUAUAGAUAAUUCAUCACUUCACUCAUAAAUACAAUUUUUCUUUUCCCACCCAUCCCUAAUCCAACAUGUGUUGAUUGAUUUUUUUUACCUGUAACAUUCUCGCUUUGUAAACCGCACAUAAUUUCCUGGAUAAAUAAAUUUUUCAUAUACGAAAA